CCCCCAACCCCUCCUCCUAGAGAGAGAGAGAGUCAAUACGCAAGGCAGCAAACGGCAAGAGAGGACUCCAGUCUGCUGAAGCACAGCACUGCUCGCUUUCUUGAGAGGAGAGAGGCAGAGAACCACUAGCCUUCUCCUCCAUCCGUGUGUGUGCUCGCGUGAGGCUGGUGGACACAGCAGCAUUGUUAGCAUUAGCAGGGGAUCUGUGCUCGAUCUUCCAAAAUGCUCAACAACCUCACUGAAUGCGAAGAGGGAGAUGGGGGACCCAACAGUCAGGGAGAUGCAACAUCCAAGGAGAGCAGCCCCUUUAUUAACAGCAGCACCAGUGACGUAGAGAAAAGCCAGCAGUAUGAUGGGAAAAACAUGGCUCUGUUUGAGGAGGAGAUGGACACUAGUCCUAUGGUAUCUUCUCUGCUGAGCAGCCUCGCCAACUACUCCAACCUGACGCAAGGCAGUAAAGAGCAUGAGGAGGCAGAAAACAACGAGGAGGCGCGCAAGAAAACUGUGCAGGCUCCACGUAUGGGCACGAUAAUGGGCGUGUACCUGCCAUGUAUGCAGAACAUCCUGGGGGUGAUCCUUUUCCUCAGGAUGACCUGGCUGGUGGGCGUUGGAGGCGUCCUGGGAACCUUCGCCAUCGUCUUCAUGUGUUGCUCCACGACUAUGCUGACUGCCAUCUCAAUGAGCGCUAUUGCCACCAAUGGAGUUGUGCCAGCUGGAGGUUCAUACUACAUGAUUUCUCGUUCACUGGGGCCGGAAUUUGGCGGGGCCGUUGGUAUAUGUUUCUACCUAGGCACCACUUUCGCCGGGGCCAUGUACAUCCUGGGCUGCAUCGAAAUCCUGCUGAUCUACAUUGUUCCACCAGCUGCCAUAUUUAAGAUGGAGGGUCUGGAGGGAUCAGAGGCCGAGGCAGCGUUGUUGAAUAACAUGCGUGUGUACGGUACCAUCGUGCUCUCCUUGAUGUCUUUAGUUGUCUUUGUCGGUGUGAAGUACGUCAAUAAGUUGGCCCUUGUGUUCCUCGCCUGCGUCAUCCUCUCCAUUCUCGCCGUCUACGCUGGGGUCAUCAAGACAUCUUUUGAUCCACCUGAAUUUCCGGUGUGUGUGCUCGGGAACCGAACUCUUCUGUCAAAGGGGUUUGACAUUUGUGCCAAGACCAUAGAGCAGGGAAAUGUCACGGUCACCACCAGGCUUUGGAGAUCCUUCUGUGACUCUGAGUUCCUGAACGCCACCUGCGAUGAUUACUUCACCAACAACAAUGUUAGUCAGAUCCAGGGAAUCCCUGGAGUCACCAGUGGCAUCCUGGCAGAAAACCUUUUCAGCAUGUUUGCGGAGAAAAAUUCAUUCAUAGAGAAACGAGGUAUAUCGGCAGUACUCGACCCUGAGGCCCCACUAACCAACACUAACCGAUAUGUCCUGGCUGACAUUACCAGCUUCUUCACCCUGCUGGUUGGGAUCUACUUCCCUUCUGUCACAGGUAUCAUGGCUGGUUCCAACCGUUCUGGUGACCUGCAGGAUGCUCAGAAGUCCAUCCCUAUUGGUACCAUCCUGGCCAUCACAACCACCUCCUUUAUCUACAUGUCUAGUGUGAUUCUGUUCGGAGCCUGUGUGGAUGGAGUCGUUUUGAGGGACAAAUUUGGGGAAGGCGUCAACGGUAACUUGGUUAUUGGCACUCUGGCAUGGCCCUCGCCCUGGGUCAUUGUGUUUGGCUCCUUCUUCUCCACCUGUGGGGCGGGGCUUCAGAGUUUGACAGGAGCGCCCCGCCUCCUUCAAGCUAUCUCCCGUGAUGGCAUCAUUCCUUUCCUCAGGGUGUUUGGUCAUGGCAAAGCUAACGGUGAACCUACAUGGGCUCUCCUCCUGACGGCCUGCAUCUGUGAGAUUGGCAUCCUCAUUGCCUCCCUGGAUUCAGUCGCACCCAUUCUGUCUAUGUUCUUUCUCAUGUGCUACAUGUUUGUAAACCUGGCCUGUGCGCUGCAGACUCUCCUCAGGACCCCGAACUGGAGGCCACGCUUUAAGUUCUACCACUGGGCUUUGUCACUCUUGGGCAUGAGCUUGUGUCUCACCCUGAUGUUCCUGUGCUCCUGGUACUACGCCAUUGUUGCCAUGGGGAUCGCCGGCUGCAUCUACAAGUACAUCGAAUUCUGCGGGGCAGAGAAAGAGUGGGGCGAUGGGAUACGUGGCAUCUCUCUGAGUGCCGCCCGCUAUGCUCUGAUGAGGCUGGAGGAAGGUCCUCCUCACACUAAAAACUGGAGGCCCCAGAUUCUGGUUCUUAUGGGUUUGGAUGGAGAGCAGAAUGUAGAGCAACCUCGACUGCUGUCGCUGACCAAUCAGUUGAAAGCAGGCAAAGGCCUGACCAUCGUGGGAGCGUGUGUGGAGGGCACCUACUUAAACAACCAACCACAGGCACAGAAAGCAGACCAAUCCCUAAGAAAGCUGAUGGAGAUUGAGAAGGUGAAGGGAUUCAGUCAGGUAGUGAUCUCCUCUAACCUGCGGGACGCCACCUCACAUCUGAUCCAAGCUGGAGGUUUAGGUGGCCUCCGCCACAAUGCGGUUCUGGUCAGCUUCCCCAAGAACUGGAAACAAGCUGAGGAGCACCACCGUUGCAGAAACUUUAUUGAGAUUGUUAGGGAGACCACCGCAGCUCAGUUGGCUUUGAUGGUUCCGAAGAACAUCUCUGCAUAUCCGUCAAAUGGAGAGCGUUUCACUGAGGGCUACAUUGACGUGUGGUGGAUUGUCCAUGACGGAGGCAUGCUCAUGCUCCUUCCCUUUCUUCUGCGCCAGCACAAGGUGUGGAGGAAGUGCAAGAUGCGUAUCUUCACUGUGGCUCAGAUGGACGACAACAGUAUUCAGAUGAAGAAAGACCUGAUGACGUUCCUCUAUCACCUGCGCUUCGAUGCUGAGGUUGAGGUGGUUGAAAUGCAUGACAGCGACAUCUCGGCCUACACUUACGAAAAGACCCUGGUGAUGGAGCAGCGAUCAAAAAUCCUCAAGGAGAUGCACCUUACCAAGAACGAGCGUGAGAGAGAGAUUCAGAGCAUCACAGAUGUGUCCCGUGGCUCUAUUCGGCGAAAGAACCCUUCAAACCUGCACCCCCAGAGGAGUAUCGCUGAGGAGUCCGUGACAGGAAGUGGCGAAGAGAAACCAGAGGAGGAGGUUCAACUCAUUCAGGGAAAAAAUGCCACCCCCACCCCCACUAGCCCCACCUCCCCUACUGCUCCCACACCAGUGGCCAUGAGCCCCGGAGAGGAGAUUCAGAUGACCUGGACGGACGAAACGGAGAAGACCAAUAACCCAGCUGUGGCCAACCCUGAAAACAUAAAGGAUAUGUUCAACAUGAAACCGGAAUGGGAGAACCUGAAUCAGUCGAAUGUCAGGCGCAUGCACCACGCGCAGAAGCUCAACGAGGUCAUCGUGAAGAAGUCACAAGAAGCGAAACUAGUCCUGCUAAACAUGCCUGGACCUCCUAGGAACCGCACUGGAGAAGAGAACUACAUGGAGUUCCUCGAGGUCCUGACUGAAGGUCUCAACAGGGUCCUGCUCGUGCGUGGAGGUGGACGUGAGGUCAUUACCAUCUACUCUUGAGGGGCUCAGCUCAACCACCAAAUAUUCCUCACCUCUUGUCCCUCACUGCAUAAACGGAACGUCCCAGUAACCCCUACCUACACCAUGAGCAAUAACGCCCCAGCACAUAUCAGAUGACUUUGCACUACAUAGUCUAAAAAGACACCAGCUUAGUAGAUGUCACUUCUUCCACAUUAUUAUUAUUAUUAUUAAGUUUAAUCCUUCAAUCAUUCAAUCUAUAUUCCUCUUAUUGGCCUCAUUCUCACCUCAAAAACUCAACAGCUUACAUUACACAUAGAUCAGUAAAUGAUCGAGUUGGUUUUUAUUACGACAUUCUGACUAAUUUCCAAAACCACAUGUUCUCCAGUGACACCUGACCAAAUACUCUGAUCCAUCUAAACUUUAUCUAAUAUUAUAUAUAUCUUAACAAAAUACUUUUAAGGGGCAGUCACACUAGAUUUUAAGCAUGCGAAACAACAGUUUUAUAUUUAUUUAUUUAUUUAUUUUGUGUGAACCUCAAAAACAGUCAAUUUUAAAUGUUGAAAGGUUUUCAGUAAGCAUUACAAACCAUCCAGCUUCUUUUAAAUUUGUAUGUAAACUUCAGAAGUUUGGGGUCGAUAAGGUUUUUGAAAGAAGUCUCUUGCGCUCACUAAGGCUGCAUAGUACAAUAAAAACAUUGAAAUAUUAUUACACUUUCUAUUUGAAUAUAUUUUAAAUUGUAAUUUAUUCCUGUGAUGGCAAAGCUGAAUUUUCAGAAGCCAUUACUCCAGUCUUCAGUGUCACAUGAUCCUUCAGAAAUCAUUUUAAAAUGCUUAUCAUCAAUAUUGAAAACAGUAUUUGUGGAAAACAUUAAAAAUGCAUGUAAUGCAUAUAAAAGUCACUUUUGUUUAAUUUAAUGUGUCCUUCCUAAAUAAAAGUAUUAAUUUCUUUUUAAAAAAACCUUACCAACCCCAAACUUUUGAAUGGUACUGUAUACGGAUGAUGAAAAAUUCCCAAACUAAAAGUUUCCUCCACGUUUUAAUAUAAAUAUGACAUUUAAAUCAAAUUAUUUUAUUGCUACUUUUGAACAGGCAGCUCAAACUAUUAGAAUUCGUCGAAAGAAGUUUAUACACAAGUCUGCGUUCUUCCAUGUUCGUUUACAUAUGAAUGUACAGUAAGUGAAUGAAACUCAAAAUCUAGUGUGACUGCCCCUUUAGGCUUUAUAUUUUGUUCCUAUACUGUCACUCCAUUGUUUUACUGUUCAUCAUAGGGUAAAUAGAGCGGAAACUUUCUUUGUUGAAAACAAGUCUUCCAGUGUACCACGUAAUUGUCUGAGGUGUGUUUUUACACCAAGGACAGAAUUGACCAGGGUUUAAUGUGAGCCAGUGUUUAAUGUAAGCACUGCUGGAUCAAUGACUAUCAGCUUUGCCCUUGACCAUCUGCAUGUCCUCUGAAUACAUCAGCCUUUUAAGAGUCAUAUACUGUACGAUUUGAGAGGGCUGGACCGCUUGUGUGCGUGCGUGCGUGUGUGUGUGUUUGUACUGGAGUAGAUUUAAAGGGGUUUUAUAAUAUUGGAGGGUUGAUGGAUAUGUUUAUUUCACAAAUAUGUUCACUUGAUCCAUGAAAUGGAAAAAUAUCAUCAGCAAACAUGAAUUAUAUUGCUCAGUCACACACGUGUACAUACUGUGGAGAGUCUAAACAGAACUGCUGUAUAAUUGAAAACCCAUAUACAGUUCAAAUAUUCCAUAAAGAUAUAAUCCCGAAUAAUCUCAUUUAAUAGUAGAAUUACAUAUAUAUCUUAAGGGAAUGUAAAUAGAAAAGAAUUAGUAUUUAUAUUUCAAAUAUUUAUUUACAAAGAAGAUUAUUUAUUCAUUCAGCAAUUUUCGAUUGAUUGUAAUCAUGGAAAAACAUGGUAUUCAAGUACAUCUCUUGCCAAAUCACAAAAUAUAAAUCGUGCCAUAUGAGAGGAAAAACAUUUUUAAAAAAAACCGAACCAAUCUUUGCAUUUUCAUAUAGAAAAGGACAGUGCUGGGUCACGGCAUCAAAACAUAUCAUGUGUCUGAUAUUACCAGUUGCAGAUGCAGUUUUAUUCUAAUGAAAUCAUCCUUUUUCACCUAAUCAAAUGUGUGAACAAAAGCAUAUUUUAACUGCAUAGCAUUUUAAAAUCAUGUCUAAUGUUUGUCAUGAAUGUCUGACAUCUUCGUUUAUUUUUACAUUUGUAAAGACGACACUAAUUUGCUACAUUUAAGCAGCAUCUGUGAGCGACUGAUGCGGACUGUUCAAUUCACGAGCACGAGCAUAUUAUUUAGUUCAUGUGUGGUAGAAAUAGAAGAUAUUAAAAACAUUUAUCUAAAGAACUAUUUUAUUUUUUUGUAAAAUUGCAACGAUGAAAAAAAGGAAUAUAUUAGAUUACUAAAUAGACUAGUAAAAUAUCGUCUUGUGUAACUGUGAGACUUAAAAUGAAAAUAACUAAAUGUAUGUUUUAAACUUUAAAAUUAAAUUGUGCUGAGGUUGCUGCUACCUUCAUAAAAAUGUAAAUAUAUAUUGCACUCCCCCAAAACAUGACUUAAAAAACGAAAGAAAAAAAAAAACAAUAUUUAUAGAUGUUUUUUGCAUUUAAAUCGAAAGUGUAUUUACAUUCAGACGCCCAAAUGAGUUGUGAAUAAUUUUCACAAAUGUUUUACAGGGUUUUGAGUACUACAACUCAAAGACAGGCAAAACGACUCAGACCGCCAGUCUGUCCUUAUACUAUUCAAGCAUACCUCAUCUUUCCUCAUUUGUGGUCAUGUCAAAGUUCACACUUGUAGUAGAAAGGUAGUGUGUAAAGGUUGUGGUCUAUAAGUUCAUAGAAGUGAUCUAUCAGUAUUCUAGUUAUGCUCAACUGAUCUUUUUUAUCCAAAACAGAAAUUGCAAAGUAUGUAAUAAGUGCUACCUAUCAUAAUUCUUCCAAGUUUAUUGCUUAUGUACUAAAAUGGUAAUCUUAUCUGAAGGAACUUUUGCAUUGCUGUACCGUAUAUGUUAGAAUUUACAACACAAAAGACGAGUUUGGCUUCUUUGGAGUCCUAUGCAAUUACAGUUUAGUAAGUUCUUUGAGGAUCUAAAAUUACUUUCUACUGAAUUGUUUAUAGUGGUAUAGGUAUUGAAAUCAGAGCUUCCGUAUCUGCCAGGGUGACUUGCAGUUUUAUGAGAACUUUCCACAUUAUUUAAAAUCAUGCAAAGAAAAACAUGCUGGGACAAUGUCGCGAUUAAGCCAUAUUGGCUGUUGGAUAACAGAGGUUUCACUCUGCGGAUGACAAUGAUGUCUGAAGUCCCGUUCAUCAUGAAGUAUAGAAUAUCUGAAUUGAAUUCACAUUGAUGCAAAGGGCUUUUCGAUAUCAUUUUAUCAGAUUCGUCUUAUCCUUCCCCAAGGCUGAAGACAUAAAGAAGUGUCAUAAACCUUGUGUUGUAUAGCAUGUCGUUCCUUAUCUUCCCUUGAAAGGGGCGGUAAACUCAAAGUCACCCCAAAUUGGCCAAAGCAUAACUAGAAAUAAGCACUGUGAAAAUUCAAAGUUUCUUUCUCACAUAUUUACAUUCAAUCACAUUUGUUGGUAUUUUUAUUCUUAUUUCACGUCCUCGCUGUGGAGCACUGUUGUAGGGAACCUGAAGUAAACACCUUUAGGGCCGGUUCACACAGAACGCGCAUUUGCUUUUAAGAAGAACAGGUCAGUGGAGCAGAAAAAGGUCUAGUGAGAAUAACUUAUUUUAACUUUUUUAGAACGCUGCGACAUGCAUGAGAUUCUGCAAAAGACACAAGCGAAACUGUCAAACACAUCCAUCUAGCGCAUGUUUACAUAUAAAAACAAUGGAAAAGUAGCGCGGUAAUAUGGAAAAACGCGUUCUGUGUGAAUGGCCCCUUAGGGUCGGUUUACACAGAACAUGCUUUUGCUGUUAAAAACACAAGACGCAGGUCAGUAGAACUAAAAAAAGCGUAAAGUCUAGAGACGCGUUUUAACUAAUUUUAAUUUGAGCGCCGCGUAUUUAGAAUGCAGCGUCAUGCGCAAGACGUUGCAAAAGAUGCGAGACACGAGCACAAAGGUUAAAGACGUUCGUCUAGUACGUGUUUACAUUGAAAAAUAAUGGAAAAGUAGAGCAGUGGAAUGGAAAAAACGUGUUCUGUGUGAAUGUGCCCUUAUGCUGUAUUCACAUGGGGAGUCGGCAUCAACGCUUGACGGAGGGCGUGUCUGAAGCUUGGUGCUGACGUGACCGUCAUAGUGACAACAGCCAAUCACAUUAUUUCCGGUGUUGCAUGAACGCAAUUGGCUAGCGACUGCUCUAAGGCUAUUUGCAUAUGGCGAUCUAAUUGGCUGACGCCUGCGUUGGCGCUUGAAAAGUUGUGAAAUUUUCAACUUCUGCCUCGACGUGACGGAACCCACAAUUCAGUAAUUAAGUAAAUGAGAAGCGUUGACGCCGACGCCCCGAGUGAAUGCAGCGUUAGAAUGCAUAUAGAUGAAUCAUAAUGUUUUUUAUGCAACGUUGACAUGUAACUAUCCUGCAACAAUGGUAUAGACUGCAACAGUCUAGUUCCAGAAGUAAAAACUCCCUUCAUUUUCUCCAUAGGGAAAUUGAUUUUCAACGACCUUUUGUAAAUUUUUUGUAAACCUUUAAAGAUAUCUUACUGUGAUCUAUGAGGUUAAUUGAAGCCGUCAGCCCACAUUAUUUCAACUUAGUAUUAAAAUAAUCAUGUUUAACAGUGGAAUUCGUGGUGAAAAACUACAUUACCCAUGAUGCUGUAAAGAAAAUUCCAGUCAGAGUCGAAACAACCCCACGUACUCCCACUGCGCAUGAAGUCUCCCUACACUCUCAAAAUAUUCAAAUAUUUCAAUAUAUAUUAUAGAUUUAAAUAUUUCUCCAUUGUUUUUAACUUGAUUAUGCUGUUCGCAAUGCUUCAUGGGAUUGUAGUUCUUUUCCUCACUAAAACCGUUAAGUACACAGUCUUGUACCUUUUGUAUUUUUGUCCGAUUUUUAAAUACUUUGUGUUAUGAUUCACCUCGUAGUUGGUUGGCUUGGUUCAUGGCUCAUAAUGGUUUAACGAAGACUUUUUUGAAAUCCUUAUGGGAGAAAUGAAUGGAAAAAAUACUUCAGGAACCAACGCUGCUGAAAAAGUGGGCGGGCACUGUUGCGCUCUGUACUGGUAUAACGCAGUUUACUAGUCGACUAACAGGGCUUAUAAAAUAACCAGCGAAUUGAAUUUGAAAUUGCAGGUGUUUCAGAAUGUGCUAAUGAUUAUUUCAGAGUGAUUGCUGAAGCGGCGUGUGUGAAAAUGUGUUCAAAUGCAAUAUUGAGAAUGCUGACUCAUAUAGAAUGGGCUGUUUAGCCAGACUUGAUGAAGUUAAUCAAUGGGAAGAGAAGUUGCCACAGUUGAUUUAUCCUGUGUAUUUGGGAUAUACCAUACAGAAGGGGCUUUGCAGUUACUUUAGAUCGGCAGAAGUUGUUCAUCUUUCAUUCAGUGCUCCUGAUUCCCGUUUCAGCAUGUUGGUGUUUUAACCGAAAAUCUCCAGCCCUCACCUUCAAUUUUUAAGCACUGAUUCUGACUUUCUAAUGGCAGCGUACAUCUUCUGAUGCUUCUGAAACUUUCCCAACAGUGUGUGCAAGAGCGUUUCUACACAGCUGACAUUUCUACAUAGGAGGGCAGUUUGACACUUUUUUGUAUGGUAGUCAGUGUAGAUCCAAAGACAGUGAUCUUGAUUAGUGAUGUGCUUUAUGUUUUCUGCUUCGGUUCUCACAAGGAGUCAAAGUGGCGCGUGUUUGUGAGCGUGACUGUAACGGGGAAAAAGGUGGAGUGUUUCUGUUUCUUUACGUAUAUGACUCUGUGACAUAUCACUUUAUUGGAAAAAGAGAGGUUAAACCGUGGCAGUUGCUUUUGUAAAUAUAUGACACAUUAUAGUUAUCUUAGCCUAGCUGUUUAAUUUGUGUGUCCAUGCAAGUUUAAUAUUUUAAAAAUAAAUAGAACAUUGUGUCUCAAUUGUGUUAUAUGAAAAUAUAUUUAAACUAGAUAUCUUAAAUUAUUGUUUUAUCUUGUCAAAAGCUUCUAUGUUCUAUGAAUAAUGGUUUCUCUGGACCAUUUUAUAGACUUGUCUGCACAAAAUGCAAUAAAGUUCAAGUCAUUUAUUACAA